AUGGACCUCAUAGAGUCUCUUAGUGUCUGCUUGGCUGUUUUCAGCAUCCUCUUGCUGGUCUUGGCCACUACAGUAGUAGGACAGUUUCCAAAUGGCAGAGUUAAAUGCUGGCUGAGCAACCAGGUUCAGAUGAUAUGUGUCACAUUAGGUGUCCGAUGUCUGUGUGGUCUUGUUCAUUUCCACAACAGGGAAAACAGAACGCAGGAAGGAGGCAUCUGUGUAGCCAACCACACAUCUCCAUUAGAUGUUCUAAUCCUGGCCAGUGAUGGAUGCUAUUCCUUGGUUGGCCAAGCACACGGAGGGCUUUUGGGGCUUAUUCAAAAAUCUUGCAUGCAAACCAGUCACCAUGUUUUGUCUGAAUGCUCAGAAAUGAAAGACCGUCAUCUGGUGACGAAAAAAAUUAGAGAACACAUUGCAGAUAAGGCCAAAUUACCCAUUUUAAUUUUCCUGGAAGGUACCUGCAUAAACAACACAUCAGUAAUGAUGUUUGAGAAGGGAAGCUUUGAGGUAGGAGGGACCAUCCAUCCAGUAGCAAUCAAGUAUGACCCCUGCUUUGGAGAUGUGUUCUGGAACAGCACAAAGUAUUCCAUGAUGACCUAUAUUUUUAACAUGAUGACCAGCUGGGCUAUUGUCUGUAAUGUGUGGUACCUGCCACCAAUGGUCAAAGAGGAAGAGGAAGAUGCUGUUUACUUUGCCAACAGAGUCAAGGCUGUCAUUGCUGCUCGGGGAGGAAUGUCUGUGCUUCCUUGGGAUGGGGGACUGAAAAGGAAAAAGAUCAAAGAGUCUUUCAAGGAAGAGCAACAGAAUAAAUAUUGCCAGAUAGUAAUAGAAAGUGGAACUGUGGGAAAUGGAAAUGUUUGUUAAAUGGUAUUUAUUUUAUCUCAUUUUUCCAUGAUGUAUCUCCACCAGAAAAUGGGCUAUUUUUUAUACUAAACCCAACAUAUUUUCCUUCUGUCCCUGUAAGAUAUUUUGCAUAUGACACAGCAGGGAAACUAUAAAGAGAUAGUAUUUUUUAUUAAAUAAGGAUAUCAUUUUAUAAAUAGGAAGAUUUACAAUAUGCUAGUAAAAUUCUCUCUGAUGUUGAGUGAGAAGAAUCUGCAAUAAAAAUACUUAGGCUCAUUAAAGCACUGUUUUUUUAAAUCUUUGAGUUACCCUGAAGACUUAAAUGGUAACUUCUUAACUCAUAAUAAAACAAUUCUGUACUCCUAGCCUCUGUCAAUGACUUGGACUAGCAGUUUUCCUGUGAGCCACAGUCACUGUGUUGCUAUAGAGAUAGAUCUGAUGUCAGCAGACAUUAAGCAGUUCACCAAAAUACAUUUUCCAAAUUGCAAGUUGGAGAGGAAGUGCUGGAUGUCAGAGGGAAAGAGGCAGUUGCUGACUUUCCUCUCCAUGUCAGAAGACCAGGGAUGGCAACAUAGGAAGUUUUCCAGGGUCCCACGGACAGACAGCAGAACAGUGUCCAGGGCAGCACAUCCCUGAUGCCUGAGCAUGUGAUGCUGGGAUAAAUUAGUUACAGCCAAGGACAAUGUCAUAGAAAAACAUAUCAUAUUUUUAAAUUAUGUUGUGUCUUGUGAUUUUGCUAUAUCCCUUCCUGUGUCUGUUUGAAUGCGUUACACAAAUUAAAGAAAACCUAUGACACGA